AUGCGCCUGUGUUGUGUUCGGGGCCACAAACCUGUUAUAUUCAUGCCCUCUAAUGGGUCGUCGGAGACCAUCUGUGAGUCUCCCAGGCCCCAGGAGAUCAUCGGUGAGUCUCUCAGGCCCCAGGAGACCAUCGGUGAGUCUCUCAGGCCCCAGGAGACCAUCUGUGAGUCUCCCAGGCCCCAGGAGAUCAUCGGUGAGUCUCUCAGGCCCCAGGAGACCAUCGGUGAGUCUCCCAGGCCCCAGGAGACCAUCGGUGAGUCUCUCAGGCCCCAGGAGACCAUCGGUGAGUCUCCCAGGCCCCAGGAGACCAUCUGUGAGUCUCCCAGGCCCCAGGAGAUCAUCGGUGAGUCUCCCAGGCCCCAGGAGACCAUCGGUGAGUCUCCCAGGCCCCAGGAGACCAUCUGUGAGUCUCCCAGGCCCCAGGAGACCAUCGGUGAGUCUCCCAGGCCCGAGGAGACCAUCUGUGAGUCUCCCAGGCCCCAGGAGAUCAUCGGUGAGUCUCCCAGGCCCCAGGAGACCAUCGGUGAGUCUCCCAGGCCCCAGGAGACCAUCGGUGAGUCUCCCAAGCCCCAAGGAGACCAUCGGUGA